UGGACUAAACCAAAGAGUACCGCAGAUUCGAUACCGAUUGUCCCGAUCGACACAAACGUGUCAAGAUCGACUACAAAAACGAACAUUUGCGUGAAUAUUUGUUUGCGUGACACUUAAGUCGAUAAUGCUGGAUGGUUGCGCUCAUGAAGUUCACCAGAGAUAUCUGCAGGCUCUUGGGACUCGGGAGCGGCCCCCCUGUCCAGCAGGAGGAAGCACAGAUGGACUGUGGUGACGCAAUCCCUGACCCAAGUGAUGAUGCCACUUUGUCACAGGAUGCUUUAAAUGGAGAGGAAGAUUUGAGCGAGGAGGAGAAGGUCAGACGUAAGGCAGAGCGACGCAAAGCCAAGAGGAAGCGCCGUCGAAAACGUAAGAAGCAGGAGCAGGUUAAGCAAAAUGAGAAUGCUGAGCAGGAUGACGAAGAUGAGGACGGAGGUGCAGAGUCUGAACUGGACGAGAGCGAGUCGGAGGCAGAGUUUGGGGCUGAGGAGGAGAAACAGAGAGAGCAAAAAGAGGAGAAAAAGGAGGCAAAGUCGUCUGCCUCGCUGAAAAGUAACACCGCUCCAGUCAUCGCUCCGUCAGGAAUCAAAACACAUCAGAAGAGCCACGGCAGACCCGCUGAAGAGGAGCCUGAAUGGGACGUGAGCAGUGCCUUCUUUGCAAACGCUGCUAGUCAUAUCAAACCCAAAGGAUCAAGUCGCAAGUCCAAAGAAAAUAAGGAGAACGAGGCCAGGAGAGAGACAAAUGGAACUGACACCACAACCAAGAAAAGCGCAUCACUGACAGAAAAAGGGAUAAAGCUGGUGCAAGAGGGGCAGUAUGCACAAGCAGUCAUUAUGUUUACAGAUGCCAUCAGAUGUGAUCCAAAAGAUAACAGGUUCUUUGGGAAUCGCUCCUAUUGUUACUACUGCUUGGAGCAGUACCCUCAAGCUCUGGCAGACGCCGAACGCUCCAUUCAGUUGGCUCCAGACUGGCCCAAAGGACAUUUCCGCAAGGGCAGUGCUCUCAUGGGUAUGAAGCGGUACAGUGAGGCAGAGAAGGCUAUGGAGCAGGUGCUAAAACUGGACAAAGACUGUGAGGAAGCUGCCAAUGACCUCAUUAACUGUAAAGUCCUGCAGUUGAUGGAUCUUGGUUUUGAAGAAAUGCAAAGUGUCCAACUGCUGGAGAAAUUUUCCACCGUGCAGGCAGUUCAGGCCGCUUGUUUGGAUGCAGCCAGGGCUGGGGGUCAGGAUUCAUCAGUUGUGCAACCUGGAAGCCCUUGUCCAUCUCUUUGGGUAGGAAAUGUGACGACGGAGCUUACAGAAAAACAUUUAUGGGACCUUUUUAAAAUGUAUGGUGAGAUAGAGAGUAUCCGUGUGCUACAUGAGAGAUUCUGUGCCUUCGUCAACUUCAAGAAUGCAAACAUGGCGUCUCGUGCAAUGGAGAAAUUAAAUGGUUAUUGUAUUGAGAACACACGUUUAGUGGUGCGCUAUCCUGACCGUCGCACUCAGAGGGUCCUCCCCAUUCCACUUAAGACCUGUCUCCCUGCCACACAGCAGGCAGGAGCAGCUGCUGCUGGACCUCGACGACGUGGUCCAGUGAACGGAGAUGAGUGUUACUUCUGGAGAACCACUGGCUGCCAUUUUGGGGACAAAUGCCGCUACAAACACAUUCCUGAUCAGAAAAGCAAGGACAGGAAGCCCUGGCAGCCUUGAGCUCUGUUUACUCUCCGCCUCAGUUAUGUGCAGGAAACUGGGAUAACACAGACUGAGCUACAGGAGCUGGUACUUACUGGAUCCGGUUUUCUGGGCUAAGAAUUUUAACUGUGGCAGAACGGACCAGAACAGUCAGAUGGAUGAGAGUCAGCACUUGGGCUGUAGGGCUGGGAUAGUCCCACAUGUGCCUCAAAGAACUAGGAGUAUGAAGGUUUUUUAUUUCAACCGAAGACUAUACCGUAGCAACAAAAUCCCCUGAUGAAGUCUUUGUUUCAGAGGAAAACCCUCAUAAUUGUAGUUCCUCAUGGGGCACGGUGACCUAUUCCUGCUCUAAGAUAUACAGCCGCAGCCCACAGGCCUACGAAACAAGGAGGAAGUGAAACUGCCUGGUUUCGUUGUAGGAGAAAAGUAAAGACACUGUCAUGUGACGAAGCAAUAAAAGCAGUGUGCAUGGAUUUUUUAGGCCAAGGCUCUUCAGUGAUGAUGAUGGUGACCUCUCUUCUUUUACAGGUCAUGAAGCAGUGUUCCUCCCCCAUUUUUAAUGUACAGUAACUUCAUGAUUAAUACUUUAAGUUUGUGAACCAGUUUUUAAAAAAAAUUUUUUUUUUGCAGUUUAGGUUUAUCAGAGGUUCACAACUGCUCACAGCAGUCUACAGUUCAUACUUACAUUUUAUUUCUGUGCCAAUGCUAGCUCAUUGUCCCCCAGACCAAAGACUCUGAUGAAACUGAUGUACUUAUGCGUUCAGCUCAAUUCAGUUCCUCCCGUAGGCCGGUGAGGUUUUUCUUUUAGCCAGUAAGCAUCAGAGAUCCAGAGAGGUGCCUUCACUAUGUGUUAUGUAGCCUUUAGUUAAAAUGAUCACCAGUGGCCAAUUGAACAUUAAAACCCACAGACUGAACUUGAGGGAUUGCAGGAUUGUUUGUAUUAAUGCAUGAGUUAAAUGUAAAUGUCACUUUAUUUACUUCCUGGCUGCCCUAUUGUUGAACAAUUGAAUACACACACUGCAUGUCUGUUGCGUUGUCGUGACGAGUUGUGUAGGACCUAUUGUACUUUGUAAUUAUACCUGUCGGGUUCAGAAGAAGAAAUACAAACACUUGACAAUGUCAUGCGGUCCAGUGGAAUACAAACCACCUUUAUGAGGGCUGUAGUGUUCACCGUGUAGGUGGGACUCUGUCAGAGAGGUGGUGGUAAUUCUGAGGCCAUAGUUUUUGGUUUUGUUGUAAAAGAUUGCAUGAAAUGUCAAGUGUUAAGUUCUUUACUUCUCCUAGACUCUUCAGAAAUCAACAAUGUGUUUACACAUUGCAAAAAAACUUCACUCAUUCAUGUAUCUCAGCAUUAGUAUAGGCAAUAUGCUUUCUUGGUAUUUUGCAUCGUAAACAUCACAGUGCUUUGUUUCUAUGCAAAUGACAAGUGGCAGUUCCAUUGUCAUUUCUCUGUCACUCUCUUUGUCUCUUUCUCUCACUCACAUACAGACACACACCUACAGAGCCUCCUGCAUAAAUAGCCUGGUUUUUCUUAUGUUGUUAAUGUCUAUGACUGACAUAAACUGCGUUUUCUUUGACAAACUAGUUUCCUGUAGGACAGUGCCUUACAAAAAACCCCACUCAGUCGUGUGCAUGUGUCUUUAAGGGCCAUGUGUUUUUACACGAACCAUUAACAGAAGUUUUGAACCUUGAAAAUCAGUAUUUUUGACCUUAUAGCCUCCAUUUCAGUAUUUCAGUGAACCAAAGAAUGCCUCACCUGACAGCUCCGCACUGAAAACAGCUCAAUUCUUUCACAAGUUUCAACACUAGACAGAACAAUCGGCAUGUGUCUGUAUCGUCCACAUUUACACACCUGGUUUUAAUCCACACUACAUUUGCCUGUAAACUAUACACAGAAUUGUGAGAGUAUUUAUUACUUUAUUUAUAUCUGAGUUUUUCUUAUCUUUUUUUUUUACAACAUACCUUGGGAGCAAAGUUCAGCUUUUAAAUCAGACAUUUUUGUCGUUAUUUUAUGUCAACUGAAAUAAAGGAAGCUCAUCUGCUUAGUUCAGGCUGUAGAGUCCAGCGUCAAAUACUGUCACAUGCUUCCACUUCUGCUUUUCUCAUUACUCUCUGUCUUGUGGUUAAAACUUGUGAAAAAGGAAUUGGACAGCAAACUUUUAAACUACACUUGUUUAUUUAGCUUGUUUCUGAUUUGGUGCUGCACAGUGUAUUUUAAUUUUUCAGACUUGAAAUGCAUUGGAAAUUACCAUUGGUUAUUGAAUUUUGUCUUGAGAAAAAAAAGAUGGGUUUACCAUCAGGCUCUUUGUUAUGUUUUUUUUUUAAUUCUUUCUACCCAUUUUCAAACUGUGUCAGGAAAAUGCACAAUUAAUCAAAAUGUACACACCACCAACAUCAACCAGAGCACUGCAAUUCUGUUAAUCCCCCAAAUAUUUUGUAUAUCGCACUGCAAGGAAGAGUAUUUUAUAUUUAAUAAAUGAACUACCUAUACCACAUA